CUCGAAUUUCUUACGUUCUUGUAUCGUCUCAAAGCAACCUAGUUUUUCCGAUGAUUCGCGUAAAUGCUAAGGCCGAUGGAAGAAGGCACGUCGCGUAAGCGGUCGUCACCCACCGCCGUGGUCAUGGUCGUCUACGCUGCCUUCGUCCUGGACAACGUCCUCCUCACCGUCGUGGUUCCAAUUUUACCGGAAAACUUGGCUCGACUAGAAGCUGAGGACCGGCCAAUUUUCGCCCUACCUGCAGUGGUGCUACACGAACCCAACAUCCUAAAGACAGACAUGGGCGUGGAAAUAAAUGAAGAUAUUAACCACGCAAUCCAUAUCCCAUCUAAAUCAUUGAUCGACAACGUCACGAAUAAGAAGAGGAAUCGCCUUAGAACAAACAUGUCAGAUGUUCCUCGAAGGAAGACUCCGCAAACUGGUCGUAAUUCCGACCAAUCAUUAGUAAACAGAUAUAGAGACUUCAUUGAAUUGAAUUUUCCCAAUGAAACAAAAAUAAAUGACUUGACAUCGCUACGCCAAGCAAAGGCUUUGGAAUCUCUUAAAUUUAAAGAGAAACUUAAUUUUUUAACUAAGAGAAACCACUUUCUGGAACCGUCGAAGAGAACAUCAAGGACCCCGCAAGAAAUGACAAAUAAUAAUACUGUACGAAACGUCGGCAUAAACCACAAAGCCCAACACAUAAUAGUAGAAAAUUCCACUAUUAAAUCACGGAUUGCUACUACUUUAGACGUCACGCAGAAAGCAAGAAGAAGCGUUCGUUAUCCGUUCUCUACGUCAGACGAAGACAAAGAUGACGACGAAGACAAAGAUGACGACAUGGAUGAGGAGGUCGGCCUGGUGCUAGCCAUCAGGUCGCUGGUGCAGCUCAUGGUCACGCCCCUGGUGGCCAAGUGGAGCGCCAGGGCAGGCUAUGCCAGACCCAUGAUCAUCGGGGGAUGCUUCUUGCUAGCGUCCACCCUUACGUUUGCGUGCGCUCAGUCACUGACGCACUUGGCCGUGGCGCGCUGUCUGCACGGCCUAGCGUCCACCUGCCUCAUUAUCAACGGGUUGGGGUUGGUGGCCGCCAGUCACCCCGACGAUGCGGCCCGGGGUUGCAUGAUUGGCAGGGUGCAGGGUGGGGUUGCGUUGGGGGUUGUGAUGGGGUACCCCAUGGGGGGACUGCUGUACCACCUCACCGACUCCCCAGCGCCCCCCUUCGUCAUCCUCGCUGGGGCCGCUGCGAUGCUCGUCGGUGCAAUGAUUCGGAUACUGGAGCCAUACAGAGAUAUGCAGCAUGAGCUCGGCAGCGGGCCGGACCAGCCCGGUCUGCUGCAGCUGCUGCUGGACCCGGUGGUGGGUGUGGCAGGCGCUGCCAUCAUGGCUGCCACUGCUGUCUUCCCCGUCCUGGAGACCUGCUUGCCAUCCCAUCUCAGGGCCACCGUCCAUCCCGAGCAAUAUUUCCUUAACAAAGAAGUUUUCUUCUACGGCCAGCGGUGGGAGCUCGGCGCUGUGUUCCUGCCCGACAGCCUCGCCUACUUCGCGGCGGCCACUUUCUUGGCAGGACCGGCGCAGCAUUUCGGCCGCAUCAGGGCCGCCGCGGCCGCCUGUUUGCUGGUUGCCGUCGCUGCGUUUUUGAUCCCAGUUGCCAACAGCGUUGGGAAGCUAACUCUCCCACAUGUGGGAGUUGGGGUCGGUGUGGGUGCUGUGGAUGCCUCUCUGCUCCCCCUGCUAGCCUCCCACGUGGACUCCCUCACCCCACAAGCGCACUACGCAACUAUUUACGCAAUCUCGCAGAGCGCUGUGGCACUUGCGUACUGUGCGGGUCCCAUGCUGGGCGUCUGGCUGACCAAACUCUUGGGCUUCCAGUGGAUGAUGAGGAGCUUUGGGCUCCUGAACAUGGCGGCGAGUGCGCUUCUUCUGACCUCGAUGGCGCCGUGCCCCAACAACCUAGCCAAGGCCAUCCUGCCUCGCGUGCCCAGCGCUGGAGAGGACGACAGGAGACGCGGCCACGACAAACUCGAGCUGAGCAGACUAGCCUACCAGCAGCUGCCUUGAAGCCUGCAGCACCUGCAGCAGCUGCCAUUAAGUGUGCAGCACCUGCCAGCAGCUGCCAUUAAGUGUGCAGCACCUGCCAGCAGCUGCCAUUAAGUGUGCAGCAUCUGCCUUAAAGUUUGCAGCACCAGCCAGCAGCUGCCUUUAAGAGUGCAGCAUCUGCCACCAGCUGCUUUUAAGAGUGCAGCACCUGCCAGCAGCUGCCUUUAAGAGUGCAGCAGCUGCCUUGAAGCCUGCAGCACCUGCCAUUAAGUGUGCAGCAGCUGCCUUGAAGCCUGCAGCACCUGCCAUUAAGUGUGCAGCAGCUGCCUUCAAGAGUGCAGCUCUCCGACGUACUACCACCUAACAACUUUGCCCACCAACGGAGACCUGCAGUCACACACCGCGGGCUGUGGUGGGCGCUCAGGAACAGCGCCUCUGGGAACUCGACUUAUCUGGCCCCCUUGUGGGGCCACACCAAGUGCAUCGGGCUCCUCAUUAUUAUGAGGGGCCACACCAAGUGCAUCGGGCUCCUCAUUAUUAUGGGGGCCACACCAAGUGUCAGUGCAUCGUACCGAUGCACUGACCUGGUCGUCCGACAACGUUGUAUAUAAUCAUCUUGGUUCUACCACUUCAUGUUACUCGUAGAAACGUGUUUUAGAUCUACCCUGAGCGGCACUCGGAAGGAGAUUUGAUAAAUAUAUAUGUAUAAAUAUGUUCUAUAUGGAGAUUUGAUAAAUACCGCCUGGAUGAAAGUGUGGCAAAUGGAGCAUACCUUCAAAUACCUUUCAUAUA